AUGAAUAUACGUUGCGCCCGACCCAGCGAUCUGAUGAAUAUGCAACAUUGCAAUCUUUUGUGUCUACCUGAGAACUAUCAAAUGAAAUAUUAUUUUUACCAUGGUCUAUCCUGGCCACAACUAAGUUAUGUCGCUGAAGAUGAAAAGGGACACAUUGUUGGCUAUGUACUUGCAAAAAUGGAGGAAGAUGGUGAGGACAAUAGACACGGGCACAUUACAUCUCUGGCUGUUAAAAGAUCACACAGGCGUCUUGGUUUAGCACAAAAAUUAAUGAACCAAGCAUCAUUGGCCAUGGUGGAAUGUUUUCAGGCUAAAUAUGUAUCUCUACAUGUCCGCAAGAGUAACAGAGCUGCUCUUAAUCUAUACACUAACUCUCUUGGUUUUAUAAUACUAGAAAUUGAGCCUAAAUACUACGCAGAUGGGGAGGAUGCAUACUCGAUGAUGAGAGACCUAACCUUACUCUCUUCCGACAAAGAGAGCCAGCCUACAGAAAAUUUAGAAAUUAAGUCUGAAUCAGCUGUUGUAUCACAAUGUUAA